AUGCCGCCGCCGCCGCCGCCGCCGGUCACCGAUGGCAGCUGCACUCUCUUCCGAUGCUUCUGCUGCUGGCGUCGUCGGUGUUCUCCACGGAUCCCGCGCGUCGCCCCUGGCAGGGACUACGUGUGCAUACCGGCUGGCGCGGAUGACCGCCCCGCGUGGUCGCUGCUCGUAGGCUUCCGGGCAGACUCCGGCCUCCGCCUACACCGGUUCCGCGUCGCACCGUCUGGUCGCAUCCUCGGCCGGAGCAACGACGCCCUCGAGAUCUUCCACCACUUCGACAACGAUUGCGCCGCCCCCACCUGGGGCGCAAACGCCACGCUAAGUCCCGACGGCCGCUCCCUGUGCAUCUUCUGUUCGAAACGGCUUGUCGAUGCUGAGUCGAAAGUCGUAUCCGCCCCAGUUCUCGAGCUGCAGCUGCAGGACGACAAGAAAACCAUCACCCAGCUCCCUACCGUGCUGCUAGGACGCCUCAUGGAUUGCAGCCCAGUCACGGCCGGCGGUGACAUCUGGGCACCCUACUUCCACCUGAUUCCUCACUCGCCAUGCCGCCUCGUCAUGCAACGCCUCGACAGGGGCGAUGGCAGGUGGGUGGUGGCCGGCACCAUCGAAUUCCCUUACGAGAUGGAAAACCCCAUGAAGUGGGGUGGCAGCAUCUUCCAGGGACACGCCGUUAUACAUGACACCAUCUUGGUGUCGCUGCGACCAGCUCACCUGCUCUUCAGCUUCAGUUGCUCCACCUGCACCUGGACGGCCAUCACCACGAUCACCAACAGAACUACUACAAGCAAGAAUCCCUCCUUUGGUACCAGAAGCGAGAACACCUCCACUAGCAAAGAUACUACUCGCUUGGAUACAGCGGUUUCGUCCUCUGCCCCUAUAAAUCCAAGCCCAGGGAGUAGCAGCAAGAACAUCUCCCGUGACAACACUACCAGCAGCAUAAACACGUCCAGUGGCAGCACUACCCUAUCCGGUGGCACCACCAGGGUUGGCAAGUAUGUUCCUAUCCGUGACCGCGGUGUAUAUGUCGAAGAAGAUGAUGCCAUUUACUUCCUCCAGAAAUCCACCAUCUAUGCCUACAAGCUGCAUGGCCGUGGUCAGGGUCAGCAACCGCUGGUAGAGCUGAAGCCGCCUACCAAGAUCGAUUCUGUUUGUCCUUUCUAUCCUGAUGGCUUUGGCUUACUCACACAUCUGGGUGGCAGAGUCAUGUGCUCCGUCUGGAUCAGCGUGGCGCGUGACUGCUCAUGUGACAAGUAUCAUGUAAUCAUCUCCACCUUUCAAGUAAAAUAUGGCAGCGCUGGCAUCGCCAAUGGCAUUGAGAUCUUGCAUUCCACCUGUCGCCAGUUAGACAUGUUCCCGUGCAAGCCUACUGUACUACCCGUCCAUGAAUUCUGCUUUCUUCAGGAGUAUGAGUACAACCACGAGAAUGCCAUGGCACCUCCGAGGCUACUUGAGGGCAUUGAAGAUUCAACCAGCUACGAUGCCGAAGAUUCCUCUGAGAUGCUUGCUUGUUGCAGGAAGUUUUUAUAUAAACCGUCGUUCCCAAGAUGCUAUGUGCUUCGCGAGCCUGCUUGUCGGAUUAACAGAGAUCUAUAUAUUGUGUGCCAAGCUGGCUCUCGUUUGAUUGCGUAUCGGACUGAGAUCGUAGACGGAAGGUUACUGCCCAGUUGCAACUACAUUCCUCUCAGGCUGCAUCUUGGUAUGAACAUAAUUAUGCGUGAUAGUCACACAUCUCGGUGGCAGAGUCAAGUGAUGCAACAGCCUUCUCUGAGGUAUUUCAUGGUCAGGAGUUUAACAAACAUCUAUGCUGUGUCGUACAAACCAGAUGACAUCUGUGAGUUUGAACUUAGUAGGCCAUCUUCCAAUUUGCUUAAAACUUCAAGGCCUGCUGGUGUUUGUUUUGCGGUGGUUCUUCAUGUAGGUCAUCGCAUUGUUGCUGUCACUCAUUCUCUCGAAGUUUACCUAUUUGUGCCUCCGACAUCCAGGUGUUUUCUGCUUAACCUGAAUGUCAGAGAAUGGGAAGAUGUUUUACCUGAUGUUGAAAGUAGGACCUUGCUAUUUCAUGAUCCGCUUAUCUAUGGAAGGCAACGUUUAAAUGGGAGAUCCAUAUAUUUUGCUGGUUAUAUCUACUCAUGCACAAAUUGGGGCCUUGUUGCUUAUGACUUUCAUGAUGGCCUCCUCCACGAUGAAAUCAGUUUGCCAUUUUCAUGGCGUAAGACUACUUGGGAGGGUGAAAGCAUGUGCUUGGAUUUUGUUGGUGCGGAGCAAGGUGCAGUUGUAUUUUGUGUAGUGCAAGGUGAAUGUUUCUCUGGUCCUCACGGCCAGGAUGUGUAUGUCACCAUUGUCCAAGUUAAAACGACAAAAACGCCUGUUGGUAAAUUUAGACCAGAGAGUAUCGAUCACGUGGAUAUUGCUACAUGUUUAAUUCCGCUUGAAGACGGGGUGGUCAGUACUAGGAGCUGUUUUUCAGUCGAGCAUUGAUUCGUGGUGCUUCAUUAUUUCUAUAUCACACGUGUUCUCAAUGCACUGUAAUAUUUAUAACACGCUGUAUCUA